AUGGAAGUGGUAACAGAGGCUCGUGUGCUGAAGCUGGAGCUCCCGGCAGCCGCCUUGGAGGCGGGUAUUCGCACGUUUGCGGCAGGCGGCCAGUGGCAGCGGGCCGUCGACAUGCUCGAGUCCAUGACGGCCGACGGGCAGCACGCCCAGCACGACACGUCGGUCGCGGUGUUCAGGGCGCUAGCAGAGGGGCAGCAGGCGGACCGGUCGCUGCAGCUGCUGGAGGUGAUGGAACAGACGGGCCGCGGCGUGCCGUCGACCGUGCGGAACCUGGUCGUGAGGACCUGCGCCACCAGCGGCCGCCUGGACCGCGCGCUGGAGCUGCUGGAGGCGAUGGCUGACUCAGCCAUGCAGUCGGGGCUGUCCGACGACGAGGAGGGCGGCGGCCGCGGUGACGUGUUCAUCGAGGGGGUGACGUUCUCGGCUGUGGCCGGCGAGUGCCUGAAGCAGGGGCUGAGCGCGAAGGCAGAGGAGGUCCUGGACUGGCGGGACUACCUGUGA